UGUUGGUUGGGAGGGGGUUGGGAAGAAGAAAGGCUGAGGAUAAGCAGAAAGGAGGCAUGAGGAACGAUUUGUUUACCUCAGAAAUAAGAACUCUAAACUCACAUCCUGCUGCUUAAUCUGUUGCAAGCCCAUUACACGUAGUGUAAAGUUUGGGGGUUCCUUGUUAAAAGUCAACAAAAUAAAGGAGAUAAUCUUGAAAGGAAUUUACCCGCGCUAUAACUCUUAAGUGUGGCUAAAGACAGUGUUAACUACCGUACUGCGCAGCUGUUGACCUGGAAAAUACAAGAAAGGGCAUAAUUGACCACAGCUUUACAGUUGUCAAAAAGAGUUUGUGUGUCAAGCAGAUUUCCUACCAGCUACAUAAAAAAUGAGUCCACAAAACUGGGUGAGGACAUGGGAAGAAAGACGAAAAGGAAACUGACAUGCCAGUGUGUACCAGUAUAACUCAUAUGACCUCCACAUGACAUGAAGGCACAGGCAGCUCUGUCUUUCUUCUUCAUUCUUAUACCAUCUCUAUGUGGAUCUCAAGAUACGUUCUUUUUAGCUUCCUUAAGUCAUGUUCCUAUGAGUGAGCAAAUAGUCAUUGGAAGACUUGAUGAAGGUGUAAUUCUCCCUUGCUCAUUUGAGAGUGGGCCCGAUGUUGUAGUUCACUGGAAGAAUCAAGAUAACUAUGUUUACUCAUACUACAAAGACAGUGACCAGUUGGAAAAGCAAGAUCCCAGAUAUGUAAAUAGGACAUCCCUCUUCCUUGGUGAAAUUCACAAUGGGAAUGCCUCCCUAUCUUUCAAAAGAUUAAAGCUUCAGGAUGAAGGAACUUACAUAUGCUACGUGGGAACAUCACUUGGAAAAAUCAUAAACAAAGUGAUACUAAAAGUGGGAGCUUUUGUCACACCUGUGAUGAAGUAUGAAAAGAACACCACAAACAGCUUCUUAAUAUGCAGUGUAUUAAGUGUUUAUCCUUAUCCAAUUAUCACAUGGAAAGUGGAUAAUACACCAAUCUCUGAAAACAAUAAGGAAGAAAUCGGAUCUUUGGGUCCUUUUUAUAUUAACAGUAGAGUAAAUAUUACAGGAUCAAAUUCAUCUUAUCAAUGUGCUAUUGAAAACACAUUGCUGAAGCAAACAUGGACAGGGAGAUGGACAAUGAAAGAUGGCCUUCGUAAAAAGCAAAGGGAAAACGUUUCACUCUCGUGUAAACAUGAAAACAGUUUUUUCCUACCAAAUGAAGAUUUCAGGGUCACUUGGUCCAGGGUGGACAGUGGGAAUUCUUUGGUCCUGGCUCAAUUUCUGAACUCCUCACAAGAAACAAUUAUCAAUGAACCCCUACUUUCACGGAACAAAGAUCUGAUAAACCUGCAUGACUUCUCUUUGACUUUGAAGGAUCUUCGUCUUUCAGACAGUGGAGAAUACCUGUGCAACAUUUCUUCAAGCAAAUAUACUUUACUCACCAUCCAAACACUGCAUGUAGCUUAUAGACUUUUUGUUGAAGCAAGUCAAGAAACAGUUGUCGGAACAAUUUCAACAUUGGUGGCAGUCAUGGCGGCAAUUUUGUUGCUUUUACCUCUAGCUGUUAAAUCAAGAAGAUGCAGAUAUUACUACACAGAGGGGCAUCCAUCUACUGAUCAGAGAUCUAGCCAUGACGGUACUGCAGAAGAAAACGUGGCUCUUUCAGAAUAUUCAUUCAGUAAAGGAAGUGAAGACAGGAGUUGACAACACAGCACAAACAUCCUUAAUAUCCAGUGAUCUCACCUCCCCUUUCUUCACUGCGAUUCCAGCAAUGGCUUGUCAUGACCCAACAAUUCUGCCAUUGCAAAGACUUGUGAUAGUGGAAAGAGAAUAAUUACCUUCUUUCUCACGCCCUAAGAAUCAUUCAUUCACCCCCCUACAUGCAUCAAGAUUAUAAAUGCCUGGAUGCCAAGGGUUCCAGUUCAGCUUGGAAAAGAACUAUCCCAUUCAUUUACAUUCCUGCUGCAAUCAGCCCAGGAGGCUACAGUGAGGUUUCCUCCAAGAACUCAGAAGAAAUGAAUCACUAAGAGAUGAUUCAAAAUCUAAUUAACUAAUGAUGGGUGAGUGGUAGAAGCAGAAGUCACUUUAGUGAAAAGGUGAAAAACCAGAGCCUAGAAAACAGGCAAUGGAUUUGCUAAAGUAUUGUACUCUAGUUUUAUAUGAAUGGUUAAUAUCAGUUUAAUCAACUAGAUUUAGUAUGGUGAGUCUUAGGGACCCCCAAAGAGUAAGAAUGUCAGUAUCUCUAAGACUACCCCGGGUGCAAAGGGCCCUAUCAACUCAAGAAUUGACAUCUCUGGGAUUGGGUUGUACCCUUCAACACCAGGGUUUGCAUAGCUGAUUCACUUUGUUAUAAAGCAGAAACUAACACAUGAUUGUAAAGCAAUCAUACCCCAAUAAAGA